AUGGAUAAAAGUGACAAAUUAGCCCAUGGUGGUCUAAUACCUACUAAAUCAUUAGACACACACGCACACGCAGACACGCAUAGAUCGAGAAGCACAUUGUGUCGAGUCUCCUUCUAUUGUCUUUUUAUCUCUUGCAUACACCCCUGGACUGCUUAUAAAACAGUUAAAUCGUAUGCAACAGAGGUUUAAUAGAGAUGCCAGCGAAAGCAAUAGAUGGCGAGGCGCGUCUGGUGUGAAAACAAUCGCUGAGGGACAGAUCUGCAAAUAUUGUUAAUUCUUAUGGCUUCCACUCUCUGGGGAACGAUGGAAAAAAGGAAAUGUAGUCGCGGAUCUUAGCAGCCGAGGACAUUAGCAUUAACUGCCACCAAGAGUGAAGGGGUUUUCAGUGAGCUCAGUUAAUCCUGCUGUCAUUUGCUGUUUAGGCAGCGUUGUAAGUGCACCGAGACUCGAAGAGAGAAAAACGGCAGAUCUAUGAUUGGAAUUGAGCUUUUUCUUCGCCAAUGCAAAAGGAAAUAUGCAGCGCAGUUUUGCGUUCUUCUACACCAGCUUUCUGGGGGUGGUUUUUAGGCUUAAUUUUCCAAGUAAUAUAAACAUAGGGGGUUUAUUUCCCUCCGAUUCCCACGAACAUGCAGCAUUUCGAUUUGCAAUGUUUCAUCACAAAGAAAACCCCAAACUGCAACCCCAAGUGGAUAUGGUGGACAUCAGCAAUAGUUUUGCAAUGACAUAUGCGUUCUGUUCACAGUUUUCAAAAGGAGUCUACGCCAUCAUUGGAUUGUAUGACAAAAAGACAGUCAACAUGCUCAUGUCCUUCUGCGGAGCUCUCCACGUCUGCUUUGUCACCCCAAGUUUCCCAAUUGAAACUUCCAACCAGUUUGUCAUCCAGCUACGACCGGAAUUGCAGGACGCCCUCAUCAGCGUGAUCGAUCAUUACAAGUGGAGCAAAUUUAUAUACAUUUACGACGCAGAUGCAGGACUCACCGUCCUGCAGAAAGUGCUGGACACUGCUGCUGAGAAGAACUGGCAGGUCACCUCGGUGAAUGUAGAGACCACCACUGAAGAUGGCUACAGGAAACUGUUUCAAGAUCUGGAUAAGAAAAAGGAAAGACAGAUAGUUAUCGACUGUGAACUGGACCGACUCAACGCUAUUCUGAAUUUGAUAAUCAGCAUGGGGAAACACGUGAAAAGUUACCAUUACAUAUUUGCCAAUCUGGGUUUCCUGGACAUCGAUUUGAACCAGUUCAGACAUGGCGGAGCCAAUGUGUCAGGCUUUCAGUUGGUGAAUUAUACAGACCGGAAUGUCAACAGAACCAUGCAGCAGUGGAUGGAAUUUGAAAGCAGGGAACAUCCCAGAGACUUGAGGAAAAGAUUAAAGUACACAGGUGCCCUCACCUAUGAUGGCGUGAGGGUGAUGUCAGAAGCCUUUCAAAAUUUAAGGAAGCAACGGAUUGACAUCUCUCGAAGGGGAAACGCGGGUGACUGCCUCGCUAACCCACCUGCACCAUGGGGUCAAGGAAUUGACAUUCAAAGAGCCCUUCAACAGGUUCACAUAGAAGGCAUGACAGGAAAUAUUCAGUUCAAUGAGAAAGGCCGUCGGACCAAUUAUACCAUCAAUGUAAUGGAGUUAGCACCUAUUGGAGUUAAAAGGGUCGGCUAUUGGAAUGAAGAUGAAAAGUUUGUCAACACGGCCAUGGACUCCCAUGCUGGGAACGGCACGAUCGGCCUUGCAAACAGAACUUACAUAGUAACAACGAUUCUGGAAGCCCCCUAUGUGAUGCUGAAGAAAAAUCAUGAGCAGUUUGAAGGCAACGAGAAGUACGAAGGCUACUGCGUGGAGCUGGCUGCCGAAAUUGCCAAGCAUGUUGGCUACAGGUACAGACUGCAGAUCGUACCUGACGGAAAGUAUGGCGCCAGAGACCCGGAUACCAAAGUCUGGAAUGGGAUGGUCGGGGAGUUAGUAUACGGCAAAGCAGAUGUUGCUGUCGCUCCCCUCACCAUCACCUUAGUGCGAGAAGAGGUCAUCGACUUCUCCAAACCCUUCAUGAGCCUGGGGAUUUCAAUCAUGAUUAAAAAGCCACAGAAGUCAAAGCCAGGGGUGUUUUCCUUCUUGGACCCCUUAGCGUACGAAAUCUGGAUGUGCAUCGUUUUCGCCUACAUUGGUGUCAGCGUUGUGCUGUUCCUGGUGAGCCGCUUCAGCCCAUACGAGUGGCACUCGGAGGAGAUCGAGGAAGGAAGGGACCAGCAGCAGCAGCCAAUACAGCAACAGCCAAAUCAAGAACAGACCAACGAGUUUGGGAUAUUCAACAGCCUUUGGUUCUCUUUGGGCGCGUUUAUGCAGCAAGGAUGUGAUAUUUCACCGAGAUCCCUCUCUGGCCGUAUUGUUGGAGGUGUCUGGUGGUUCUUUACCUUAAUCAUAAUCUCUUCUUACACUGCCAAUCUGGCAGCCUUCCUGACAGUCGAGAGGAUGGUAUCACCGAUCGAGAGUGCAGAAGAUCUUGCCAAA